AUGUUUAAACACCGUUUUAUUCGUUUCGCUGUCUGCCUGGGUAAGCCUGAAGGAUUUCGUCAAUCGAUCAUUGUUGCAACAAAGUUUCGUAAUAGCAUGCCACCACAUGGUGUCAAUGAUACUGGAGCCAGUCGUAAGCAUAUAUUUGAUGCAGUCGAAGCAAGUUUAAAGAGGCUGCAAACGAACUACAUCGAUCUAUAUCAAAUUCAUACACCCGAUGAAGUGACAUCAUUACGUGAAAUAAUGCGUGCAUUGAACGAUCUAGUUCGACAAGGCAAAGUACAUUACAUUGGCUGUUCAAAUUUUACUAGUUGGCAAAUUCAAAAAGCAAAUGAUAUUGCAGAGAAAGAAAACUUGGAAAAAUUUGUUACACUUCAACAACAAUAUUCAUUAUUGUGUCGAAAUAUAGAAUGGGAUACAGUGGAUGUAUGUCGAAAUGAAGGUCUUGGUAUUUUACCUUGGUCACCACUGGCUGGCGGCUGGCUUUCUGGCAAAUAUGAUCGAUCAACAGAAAAGCCAGAUGACAACUGA